AUGGAUAACGUGAACAUUUAUCUAUUGGACGAGGACGCUAAUCGAAAAGAACCAAAACGAGAUAGAAUUGUCAUCUCCCACGACGACGACGACGAUGACGACGACGGUGACGACAAUCCUGAAAACAACCCGGAAAAUGUCGAAUCUAAUGACGACGACGAUGACGCCGACGACGACGACGACGAUGAUGGCUACAUCCUCGCUCGCAUCAAUCGAGAUGACGACGAGGACAAUGAAGAUCGUGACAACGAUGAGGAUGUCGCCGAAAACGAUAUUAGUACCGUUGACAAUGACGGCAGUACUGAUUGCGACGACAAGGACGCCGAUGAUAAUGCAAGAGGAAAUGUAGAAGAACAGGUUUUCUACGACAACAUCAAUAACAAUCCAGCGUUUAGCGUCCCGAAUGAUCUCUACGACGACGCCGACGAGGACGUCGACGACGACGACUCUUACCGUGUUCGAGAGUUUUCCUCGGAGAACGAGGCUUUUCUCGUCCAGGUACAUCCAAAUGGGAAAAUAUCAGAGAAAAAAUAUGGUGAACAGAGAAUGGGAUCAUACCUGAGUUCCCUCUCAUAAUUUCUCCCUUUGAUUCAGGCUAUAAAACAGAAACGUCGGACGUUUUCAUUCGAAAGAUAAAUUCAAACCACAAUGAGAAGGUUCAUAUGCGGUUAAUUCCUGCGCCACGAACGAUUACGUGGGAUUGUCGACUGCUUCGCCGGACUUAACACGCGGUCCAGCGGGUUUGUCAUUUCGUCCGGUGCGCGAUUUAACUUUCGAAAAUAUCUAGCACCUUGCGAAUUCACCAGUGCAAAGUGCCAGAGGACUCAAUAUCGCAGAGAAUUUUAAUAUAACGGUAUACAAUGUCGAGACACCUUUGGGGCGGGGAAGAAAAUCAAAUAAAUUGACUCAUGAGGACAUCGCGAAACACUCAAUUUUAAACAUAAAUAAUGUCGAUAAUUUGUGCCUUCCACGUUCUCUCGUCGCAGCGUGGGUUUACUGUGAACGCGGUAACAUGCGAAUGGGGGAAUUGCAUAACAGAUGGAACGCUGUAAGAUUCUCGCAUUCCUCGUUACAACGUCAGUUAGCGGAAGAAUUAACGAGGAAUGCAGAGGUGAUCAUUCCUGAAGAAGGUAUUCCCGAAAUUAAUCGUUUUCAGCGAUAUCUUUCGGAUGAAGGAGUCGCAAUCGUUAUUUAUAAUUUUAGUAGUUUUGCUCAUGGUGCCCCACCGAUGUACUCGUAUGAUGGUCAUGCGAUGCUCGCCUCCCUUGGCCGCGACGUAAUAAAUAUAAAUUAAAUAUUUUAUAUUACGAACGUUCACGGCAUUUCAAUCCGAUUUUAAAUUUAAAAGCAGCCGCGGGGUAGAUAUUACUGUGUUGCAUGCAAUCAAAGUUAUCGUUACGAAACAAGUCACCGGCGCUGAAUCGCGUGCCCGUGCUGUCUCCGCGUACCUGCGUGCGAAGUCUCGAACGACGCGAAUAUUAGAUGCGAAACGUGUAAUCGUUUGUUUUAUAAUAGAGAGUGCCUCGAACGGCAUCGUAUGCCGAAAUCGUACGAUGGGAAAACAGUAUCCAGCGUCUGUGACGUCGUGCGAUUUUACAAUAAUUACGCUCGUAUCAGUAAAGUAAAAACGGGCAUAAAUGCGGCAAGAUCUUUUGUAGAAUGUGUCGUUCUCGGAAAUCUUCGAAUCAUCUUUGUUAUAUAUUCCGUGUCUCCUUCGUCACAACUUGGGUUCGAGCGCUGUAACGAAGGAUACAUGUCGCAUUCCACCCACAGCGUUGCCUGCAAAGGAGGAGAAGGUGGAAACGCAUAAAACGUUAAUGAUAAAAUUGAUUCGGAAACGACUAACUAUCGAAAAGGUCGCGUCGCAUUUGUAUUUUACGAUUUCGAGACGAGGAAAGAUGAUAGAUCGAAGGCAACGAAAGCGCGAAAAAGCACGUUCCGACUCUUUGCAUUGCACAACAAAUAUACGAAGACUGUAUGGGUAAAGACGACAUGUCGACGUUGUAUCACUGGUGCGAUACGCGAGAAUUUAUAUUCCACAUUGAUCCCGUAAAACAAUUUGUGGAUUUCGUGACGUGACCGACAAAAAAUUUCACGCAAAUCGUUUGUAUCACGCGUAACGCGAGCACGUUCCAUACGCAAUUUAUCCUGCAAUACCUGGUCGAGAGCGGUAAUAAAACGGAACCAAAAGUAAUUUUAAACGGCACAAAAAUAAUAUUGCUUACAGUCAACCAAAUAAAAUUUAUCAAUAACAUUUUAACCCUUUGCACUCGAGGGC